GCGGGAUGCGAACACGAGGUUUAGAGUGUCUGCGACGCUGGCUAGAAGUGUGUGCGUGUUUGUUAGGUGAUUUCAGUCCUACUUUACUUGAAGUGCGACUUUCGAAGAGGUAGAGAUGCCACUUCUAAACUCUUACGUGAUUUGGAAUAACAAAGGAGGUGUUGGAAAGACGACACUAACUUUCCACAUGGCCACACAGUACGCAAAACACUUUCCCAACCGGAAAGUUUUAGUUCUAGAUCUUUGUCCACAGGCAAACGUGUCAAUGUCUUUGCUGACGCCUCAAGACAAGAAACUUAGAGGAACAAGCAGUAGUCUGACUGAAUGUUUUAUACAAGAGAAAACUAUCAGCUUUAUACCUCCAAAAGUUUAGCACUCCACAGACAACCAUAGAUCCACGGGCUUUCCUGACCAAUGUAAGCAGUUUCAACAGCCGAAUGCCACCGAAUAUUGAACUGCUAUGUGGCGACAUGCAACUUGAAUUAAUCGGCCGGAAUAUGGAUCACAAGAGAAGGGAAGAUGAUGCACUAGGUCACAUUCCUUGGGUCUUUAUCACGUCUUGCGUACGAUAUUUCUUGGAAGGUUAUGAAAAUAUGCAAGGGAUAACACAAAAUGAGGAAGAUUGGGUAGUUUUCAUCGACACCAACCCAUCGUUUUCUAUCUAUACGGAAAUGGCUCUCCUUGCAGCAGAGAGGUUAAUUAUUCCAAUUAACGCAGAUGAUUUUUCAAGAGAAGCCAUCGUAGCCAUGCUUGAUUUAGUGUACGGAAUCGACUUGCACAACAUACCAACCCAAUUCCAACAUUGUAAGAAGAGAAUGUUUAGUCACAAAGCCCAAGAAUACGACGUCCGGCGACCAAAGAUACACCUUCUGAUAAACAACAGAGUUACAACGUACAAUCUUCGCUCAGUUGCAGCAUUUGGUGACAUGGCGACUAGCAGCCUCAGUGUUCUUGCUGCUGCUUACGACAAUCACAGUGAGUGCUUUGUGCCCCGUCCUCCAACGACGUCUCCAUCUAGAAACCCACUUCCAGCGAUAAAUCAUUAUUUCAUUGAUGUUCAAGAUUUCCACACAACAGGAAUAUUGUCUCUUUACACGGGAUGCCCACUCGAUGAUCUAAAGGGAAAGGUACACCUUUUUUCCAAAGUAGUUAACGCCAGCAAAGAUCAGGUAGCUACAUACAUACCCAUCCUCAGAGCUCUGAUCGAGAAACUGUAAUUUUAAAAACAAUGAUUUUGUGGAUGCGACUGAGAAGAACGUUUUUUGUUUAAUUCAUUGACGCUAGUCAUUAAUUAAGGUGAAUUUUGUCAAUUUGUGUCGAGGAUGCUCGUCGUAUUUGGACAAACUUGUUUUCUUGUUUUCACUAGGACAAUAUUAACUAGGUAAAGCCGGAAAAGUCCGGAAAUACAGUGAAAACAGCUCGUCUUGGUUUUAGCUAGUUAAAAAAUGCAAGCUGUUUUCACAAGCCAAAACAAGGGAUUUUCUCGCCUUUACGAGCGGAAAUUCACGCAGAGUUAUACUACCUCGCGAGAUGGUAUAACUUGUCCUGAUAAACGCCGUAGCGAAUUGGGUCGCGCGUAGUGACAGACGUCUGCCAAAUAAUCUAUCAGUCAUUUCUUUCGAUUUACAAUCCCACCGAUCUCACUGGAUUCUCCAUUUCUUCGGCCAGGUCCUUAAAUUGGAUAAACCCACAUACUCUUGCGCUUAUCCCAGUUAUGGCACUGAAUGUUGUUUCGUUGUUGGAUUGACAGAAUUAAAAGAUUUCGUCCCAUCUUCCUCAUUUGUAAGGACAUAAGCCUCAUUUGCUGUAUAAAACUCCUUCUUCUUCGCAAAAAUAAAGAGAAAAUAAUCACAAGAGAAGUCAUUACAAGCACGUUGUCACCUUUCAUUUUUUAAAUUUUUUGCAAUUUGAAUCCUCGGAGCUAGUGGCUUUGAUUGCCGGUUAAAUUGCACAGUGAAAACAGUUGCCACGUUUAACUAGUAAAAGUCGGUUUGUAAACAAAUCCUAGAAACAAUGAAUGUUCAGUUAGUUAAUCGCCCUAGGGAAAACACAACCAGUGGCUACUCACACGCAUGUAUUCUAGAUAGAAGAAAAUAGAAGACUCGAAUUUCGAACUGGAAAUUACUGGCGGCUGAAAUACUAUCUCCGAACAUAUUCAUUCCCGUGAAGCGUUGAAGUAGAAGCAUCUGGAGUAGAACCUAAAGCACUACAGAAAACCAUCUAAGACGGUCAACUCUCUAUAGUUAAACUGGUUCUCCCCUGCCUUUCUUUACUUUAGCUCCAGUUUUAGUUGACUCUCUAAAAGGCGGAAAUCUCUCUAAGACGGACAGCUAUCGCUAUCCACUUCCUAUUUUUUGGUAAAAAGGGUCACAGCACUUGAUCAUCUAAACAGACACUGCAGCAGUAGGAGAGAAAAACUCGACUAUUUAAUUUCAACAAAAAGGCAGGUCAUAGCCCAGAUAUUAAAAACAACCUUAGUUAUGAAGGAGUAUCAAAACCGUGUUCACAAAUUAUAUGCACACUGGCGGAAUUGCAAAAGUUAUUCAUGAGAAUGAGGUUUCAUUAUUAUUUCGUAAUGAUGGUUUCGUCCUUGUUCUAGAACGCACUGAAAAGCACUGAAUUAAUUAAAACGGUGUUAAGCCAGUUUUAAAACAAAACCGCAUGUUCUAAAAUGCAUUAAAAUUCAUUCAAAAAGAGCAGACAAGCAGAACAUUUAUACUAAAAAUAUAUUUUUUAUAAUCACCAUUUGAUGGAAAUAUAAUUGUCUUGACCGAGUUUUAAGACAGACUUUUCUUCGUAGCCGGCCCGUUGACAUUUUUUAAACAAUUGCCUUUGGCCCACACUGUUGUAACAAGUUAUUAGUAUUAUUUUUCUUAAUUGUUGAGCAGCUGAUUUUGCCUUGCAAGUAGAAAAUUAUCUUAGGCGUGUAACCACAUCCUAUGACGAAUAAUAGAAUUGACUAGGUUUGUUUUUAUCAACCUUCGUGGUUUUGAUUGUAAUCGGUUUAUGCGCGGUAAAUAAUAAUUAAGGUAGAUAAUGUGGGAUAUGUUAAGGAAAUAGGUACCACGCUCAUGUGUUAGAUCGCAAGAAAUAAUAGUGAGCCUUUGCCAAGUUCGGUUUGCGGCCGGACAUACGUAGUCAAAGCAUUUACUUGUGGCAGCAAUAAAACUAGUGAGCAUUGUAAUUUUGGGUAGAAUGUUUAGAACGAUUGUGAUGUACGAAUGAACGAACGCAAUGAAGCGAAGAAAGUGAAAGAUACAGUCCUGAUUGUUUAAUGAACCAGCUGACGCGGAGAUAUUCCAAACGCGGUGGAAGAUUGUGCAACACACACCCACAGGUAGAGAAAAAAGCUGAGGCUAUAAAAGAAGCGAAAUUGCAGUAGGAGCGGCAGCUAUUAACCUCCGUCUUUAGUAAGCCAUGCAUUAAACCGACCACCUUUUUAGAGAACGUAAACACAGUAUUGUACUCACUCCUAAUUGAGUCAAAAAAGUCAAAUGAAUUGUAAAACCUACCUUACCACCAGAAAGCCGUAGAUUGGUAUUGUCAAUCUGGUUUGCGAUGUUUGUUCCAUUCAACGAAACUGCUUUUCGAUGGCAAGAAUGCGCUUGUUCACCGGUCAUGUAACAUGGCGGGUCAAGGUCAGUUCAGGCAAAAGUUAUUUUUCCUGUGCCGCUUAAAGACUGUACAUGAAGAAGAAGCAAAAGCCCGCUUAUAGAGAGAUUCUCACCGCAAAAUGUCCGAUAUGUAACGAACAGAAAUUAACAAUGAUGGCGUGAAUUGAAAAGAAUAUCAGUGCAGCAGCCAGCUGCUGUAUGAUUCAAACUUUGUUUUAGAUUUUUGUUCCAGCUAGCACGAAAAUCCAAACAAUAUGCGGGAUCGAUUGUCUGAAUCCGAAAAAAGUUUGGCUAAAAGGAACGCCGGCAGACUACUAACCUGAGAUCAGGCCCAAUUUUAGCGGUUCUCAUACAUUCUCUCUAACGGCCAGCGCUAUAAAAAUUGGGCCUGAUCCAAACUCAUUCACGUUUGUGCUCGUUACAGCCAGAUUUUGGCCGUAACGCUGAUUGGCUGUUAGAACAAUGCCACAAGAUCUGAUUGGCUGUCGGAAACGCUGGAAGUUGAAAGCGCUUAUUCCUCGCGUGGUUGUUUUCGUGAAUGAUCCGUCGUCGGCGGAGAGAAGGAUCGAUUUUGCUGUCUUUUUUUGGGUGCGUUCGAUUGGGAAAUCCGGAUUUAGAUUUAAUCCGAAAACGGAUUUCCUCAAAAAUAAAAAGAACAGAAAUGAUCAACGAUUACAGUAAGGGGGGGCUAAAGAUGAUCGAUAUUGCAGGUUUUAACCAGGCCUUAAAAAUGAAAUGGGUGAAAAGCUAUUUAGAUGAUCAAGGUACAGGGAAAUGGAAGCUUUUUUUGAAUCAUCGACUAGCACAAUUUGGAGGGAAAUUAGUUUUCUGGGGAAACUUAAGCCCUCAAGACGUUCGUUUACUUAAUCUGCGAGAUCCAUUUUUAGCUGAGAUUAUGGAAUAUUCAGUGGACGACCCUAAAUUAUAAGGACAACAAUCUAGAUUCACGUCAGCUCAGAUCUGGCACAACUCCCUCAUAAGAAUAGAGAACAAACCAAUUUUCUAUAAAUCUUGGUUCACCGCAGGUGUGAAAGAUGUUAAAGACAUCCUUGAUACGGACGGAAAUUCUAUAUUAAGCUAUACUGCAUUUACCGCUAAAUUAAUAUAAAAUCAAGACUAACUUUCUAGAAUUCUAUAAGGCAGUAUCAGCCUUUAAACUGUUCAGGCAAAAGUGUUCUCGACAACCCAACAGAGGACCCAAAACCAAGACCCUUGGGCAAACAUUAUUAGCCUCAGAAAAAGCCUGUAAAACCGUUUACAAAUCAAUUAUCGAAAAAAGGCCACCACCCCUCUUAAAAGCCAGGGAAAAUGGCUGUCUUAGGAAAAUAUAAUAGGAAAUGCGAACGUGAACUGGGAGAAUACAUACCGCCUCCCCUUUCUGUGUAC